GUCUUCUCAGUCUCUCUCGUGCUCGUCUCCCGUUGGCGACCAGCAGGUUGCUGCCUGAUAGUGUUCUUUUCUGGAUUGUGUUGCUGAGGGCUGCUUUUUGUAUGGGAUCCCUGCUCAAUUUCAUUAUUUAUCGGAUAAGAAACUCGAUCAAUGGGCUUAGGGAAUGAGGUGCAGAAGAUUCUAAGCUGGACAUCUGUGUGUGGUAACCUUUUGCUUCAUUUGGUCUGGCUCAUCUUACACUUGAUCAUCAAUGUUUGGUACUCUGUAUUAGGCAUAGCUCGUAUGGUUGAGAAUACCCUUAUUUCUAGUGGGCUGCUAAAGAGUUACAAUGCCGUUAACAUUAGUAAAGUGCGCUAUCUGGCUGUUGUGAUUGACAGUGAAGAAGCUUGUGAAACUUCAAAAGUUCUUGAAUUAUUGUGUUGGCUUGCGUCUAUUGGUGUAAAAAGCAUCUGUCUCUAUGAUAGAGAAGGAGUGCUGAAAAAGUCCCAGACAGCUAUUAUAGAAGGAUUGAACAAGUCCCAGAAAGCCAUUGUAGAAGGAUCGGAUCAUGGAACUUUGGGUGAGAAGCAUGUAGACCUGGAGUUUGUCUCUUUUGCUGAUUCAAAACCUGCAGUAGCCAAAGCAGCUAAUUUACUCUUUGCCAAGCAUUAUGCUAGCACAAAACCAGAAAAGCCAAAUUUUACAGAGUCUGACAUGUCUGAGACGCUACAAGCUGUAGGUUUUGGGGGACCAGAGCCUGAUCUUUUAUUCGUUUAUGGUCCUGUGAGAUGUCACAUGGGUUUUCCAGCAUGGAGAAUCCGGUACACUGAGAUCGUACAUAUGGGAACCUUAAAGUCCAUGGAGUUUGGUUCCCUCAUAAAAGCCAUCCACAAAUUCACAAAGGUGCAUCAAAACUAUGGCCAAUGAACACUAGCAGGUGGAGUGAUUUUUCCUAUACAACGACAUUGUUACACUUCUCAGCAACUUACAACACACAAUCAGCUCGUCUUAUAUAUUUAUACUGUUCCAAGAUUUCAUACAAAAAAAAUGUAGCGUUAAACAUUUAACAAGUACCCCUGUUUUUAACUAUUUUUUUGCACAUUGCUAUAUAACUAGUUAGAGAUACCUCCUGUUGUGAAAAAUUAUAGGAACUUGUGAUGGUGUAUUAGUGAUUGGGCGCAAAGUUGUGUUGAGGACAGUAAUAACUUAUAUAGGGUGGAGAAUUU